AAAUAAAUAAUAUUGGGGGUGUUUUAAGAUUAGUCCGAUAAUUCAAGACAAAUACUCGGAUUCGGGCCUAGGGCAAGAAAAACCACUCCUCAACCCGCAGUUCUCACUCCAGAACCAGGACCCCAAACCUACACUCAGGAACCCUAAUCUAACAAAACGCAUAAACCUAAAGGAUCAUCGUAUGUUUUGAAUGAAAAUGGCGGAAUCAGCAGCUUCGUUGAAGGAUCAGGGAAAUGAAUUCUUCAAAUCUGGAAACUAUCUCAAAGCUGCUUCUCUCUACACUCAGGCCCUCAAGAAGGAUCCUUGUAACCCUCUUCUUUACAGUAACCGUGCUGCUGCAUUUCUACAUCUAGUUGAACUCAACAAAGCACUUGCUGAUGCUGAGACAACAAUCACUUUAAAGCCAUUCUGGGAAAAGGGUUAUUUUAGGAAAGGUUGCAUAUUGGAGGCCAUGGAACAAUAUGAUGAUGCCCUAGCUGCCUUUGAAAGAGCUUUGCAGCACAACCCACAAAUUUCAGAGGUACCAGAAAAAAUUAAGAGGCUUUCACAGUUGGCAAGAGAUAAAAAGCGAGCUCAAGAAGUGGAGAACAUGAGGUCCAAUGUUGAUAUGACAAAACACUUGGAUAUAUUGAAAUCUGAACUUUCUGAAAACUAUGGAGCUGAAGAGUGUUGGAAAAUUUUUUUCUCUUUCCUUGUUGAAACAAUGGAGGCAGCUGUAAAGUCAUGGCAUGAAACUUCUAAAGUGAAUGCUAGAGUUUAUUUUCUUCUUGAUAAGAAAAGGACAGACACUGAUAAAUAUGCCCCAGUUACUAAAAUCGACAAGGCAUUUUCAUCACCUCACAUGCACAAGGAUCAUUAUUUUCUUCUGAGGGAAUAUGCUGAGGAAUCUUCCUCCAGAGCAGCUUGCGUAGUGGCACCCAAAAGUAUGAUCUCUUACCCGCAGAUUUGGAAUGGUGAAGGAUCGCGAAAGUGGCAUGGACAAAAUGAUGGAUUCUUUGUUCAAUUUGAAUCUCCUCCCCUGCGAAAACUAUGGUUUUUUCCGAGUUCCACUUAUAAGGGUCAGAUGUUGUGCAGGGAUCCAGUGGUUUUGGACAUUACUGACUAUGAACUGUUCCCUCGUCUGUUGAAGCAAACGUACUCCCGUCAGUAGUGGUUUCUUUGUCUUGGUUGGAAACUUGGAAUCCAUCAAAGAUCAACGGCUGCAAGCAGAAAAAAUAAAUGGCCUAUACUUUUGAAAUAUAGGUUUGCAAUAUGCGAGAAGGGCACUAAAUAAUUGCAAGAAUGUACUUCACUAGCCCUGUGAAUUAAAAUUGCAAUUGGUAGGCCAACUUUUGUGCUUCGAAAUGAGAUGGUACCUGAAGGUGCAGCCUAAGAGCCUAUCUAUUGAAGUUAAGGUGAAGAGCAAUGCUAUUUAGACCGAUCGAGAAGUCUAAAUGAAGGGGUUUUUAUACAUUUGAUGUAGUACAAAUGGAUUUGUAAAAAACAUUUUCAGGUGAAAUUAUGGUUGACGAAAUUAAUAUGGUUAGUUUCAAUCA